CUGAAGUCCUGGUGGAAACUUGCUCACCUGAGAGCUGAGUGCAGAGAGCUGGUCUGAGGAGGCUCCUGGAGCUGCGUCCAGCCCAGGCAAGUGCUAUAGAAGUUCUUAUGCAUAGGAAGAUAUGCCUAAUGUAUAUGAAGGAGGACUGGGAAAUACACACACCAGGAGAAAGAGAAGGACAAAGAGAGAAUGGCAGCUUGGUUUUAGAAGCUGUAAAGCUGGACCUACCACAGCAGAAGUAGCAACCCAGCCUGUCCUGGGGAAAACUCUGAAAUAAAGCUAAUCUGUACCAGUGAAUCCCAGAAAGGACUAAGAAUUAGAGUGCCCAGGACCUCCUGAAGAGGAUGUUCGGAUGGGGCUGGAGGACUGCCUGGACGUCCAUGGGAACAGCAGGGGUUUUUUCUAUUUUUUUUAACCUUCACGUUUAGACCUGUUCUCCAUCUGGAAUCUAUUUUGCAUCGUGUCAGGAGUCAAGGUACAUUUUUUUCCCAUAUGGAAAUCCAGUUGGCUCACUAUUGUUCAUUGAAAGAGCACAGACACGCCGCUGUGUACUGAUGGAGUUCAUCAGUCAGUGUGAGGGCGCGUUGCCGGAAGAUGUGACUCUGUUCCCCCUCACCCUGAGGACAAGGCAGGGCCACCGCACGAUACAACAACAUGCCGAUCUCCAUGGAUUCCUGAAACACAGAGGACAAAGUAUGGACCAUUGUGUCUCACGAUUUGCAGACACAGACGGCGCUGGUGCGCUACAACCCAGAAAGAUACUCAGCUCAUUUUCAGCACCUCCAUGUGGGCAGGAUGUCACCUGUUUCUGCAAGAUGUCGAGGUUGUGGAACCCCCCAGCCGCACUGUGAGGCAUGCGGGAUCUUAGUUCCCCAACCAGGGAUCGAACCUGUGCCCCCUGCAAUGGAAGCGCAGGGUCCCAACCACUGGACCACCAGAGAAGUCCCCUAUCUCUGUUUAUUCUCUAUCUUUUCCUGUCCCUUUCCCUCUCUUUCUCAAGGAAUCACCUCUUCCUCCAUCUGUCUGUCUCCCUUUCUGUUCUCUCUGCCUCAGUUUUGGUUUUCUGUGUUUUGUUUUGUUUUUACCAGCCAUCAGCUGUGCUGCAUGCAGAGCAGGGGCGGUCAAUUCAACGCCAGUCACAAUGGCCCCUGAGCAUAGGAGGCAAGGCUGAAGCUGCCCCACUGCUCUGACUGAGGAGGGCUGGUUGCGGUGUGAAAAUCAGGACCAGGGACCCGCUGCAGUGAGUCCAUGGACCGCAGACCCUGCUGCCCUGGGAUGAGGCCCAGGGCGUCUCCCAGAAUACCUCAUCUCUCAGCCCUCAUCUGCUGGGCAAGGGUUCGUGGGCCACCCCUACAGGGACAGCUGUGGGUCCAGUCCUGAGGUCACCAGAGGAGGCCCCACUGGUCCAACCUGGAAGAAUGGCUGGGGUCUGGCUGUGAGCAACUCAAGCCCAGGAAACUAUGCCCCAGACGUCCGUGGUCUUCUCCAGCAUCCUCGGGCCCAGCUGUAGUGGACAGGUGCAGCCCGGCAUGGGGGAGCGAGGAGGUGGGGUCGGCAGCUCCGGGGACCUCGUCUUCCAAGACGGACGUCUCAUCUCCGGGUCCCUGGAGGCCCUGAUGGAGCACUUGGUCCCCACAGUGGACUAUUACCCCGAUAGGACAUACAUCUUCACGUUUCUCUUGAGCUCCCGGGUCUUCAUCCCCCCUCAUGACCUGCUGGCCCGCGUGGGGCAGAUCUGCCUGGAGCAGAGGCAGCAGCUGGAGGCCGGAUCUGAUAAGGCCAGGCUGAAGUCCUUCUCAGCCAAGAUCGUGCAGCUACUGAAGGAGUGGACAGAGGCCUUCCCCUACGACUUCCAGGACGAGAAGGCCAUGGCCGAACUGAAAGCCAUCACCCACCGGGUCACACAGUGUGACGAGGAGAAUGGCACGGUGAAGAAGGCCAUCGCCCAAAUGACGCAGAGCCUGCUGCUGUCCCUGGCUGCCCGGAGCCAGCUUCAGGAGCUGCGUGAGAAGCUCCGCUCACCGGCCAUGGACAAAGGGCCCAUCCUCAAGGCCAAGCCGCCAGCCGCGCAGAAGGACAUCCUGGGCGUGUGCUGUGACCCCCUGGUGUUGGCCCAGCAGCUGACUCACAUCGAGCUGGAGAGGGUCAGCAGCAUCCACCCUGAGGACCUGAUGCAGAUCGUCAGCCACAUGGACUCUCGGGACAAGCAUAGGUGCCGAGGAGACCUGAUUAAGACCUACAGCCUGGAGGCCUACGACAACUGGUUCAACUGCCUCAGCAUGCUGGUGGCCACCGAGGUGUGCCGGGUGGUGAAGAAGAAGCAUCGGACUCGCAUGCUGGAGUUCUUCAUCGAUGUGGCCCGAGAGUGCUUCAACAUCGGGAACUUCAACUCCAUGAUGGCCAUCAUCUCUGGCAUGAACCUCAGUCCUGUGGCAAGGCUGAAGAAAACCUGGUCCAAAGUCAAGACGGCCAAGUUCGACGUCUUAGAGCACCACAUGGACCCAUCCAGCAACUUCUGCAACUACCGCACAGCCCUGCAGGGGGCCACACAGAGAUCCCAGAUGGCCAAUAGCAGCCGGGAGAAGAUCGUCAUCCCUGUGUUCAACCUCUUCGUUAAGGACAUCUACUUCCUGCACAAAAUCCACACCAACCACCUGCCCAAUGGACACAUUAACUUCAAGAAAUUUUGGGACAUCUCCAGACAGAUCCAUGAGUUCAUGACAUGGACACAGGUAGAGUGUCCCUUCGAGAAGGACAAGAAGAUUCAGAGUUACCUGCUGACGGCUCCCAUCUACAGCGAGGAAGCUCUCUUCAUCGCCUCCUUCGAAAGUGAAGGUCCCGAGAACCACAUGGAAAAGGACAGCUGGAAGACCCUCAGGACCACUCUCCUUAACAGAGCCUGAAGGUACGGAUGCAGCCUGCAGACGCUGGGAUUAAGCACACCUACGUACUGAGUUUUAAUCUUGAGUGAUAAUGGGCUGAGAUGAGGCCUCACUGGUUGGGGUCCAUUUUGUACAUAACUUUUAUGAAAAAAAAGAAGUAAUUAUUUCAUGCAUCAACCUUUGGCACUUAAAGCUUUUUGUUUAUGACAGGGCAGGGCCCUGCUUUGGGGAGGGGUGGGGAAAGAGUAUCAUGGGAGAUGGCAUCCAUGAUAACGUCUUAUUCUAAUGAAAUGUAGAUUUUUAUUUUCUACUUUUGAUUAUUAACAAACAUCUUACAAAAAAAUACUUAAAAAAACCCAACCAAAACCAACGUGAGCCCUGCCUCCUUUCCAGCCAGUGUCUCUGAUGUCGGGGUGAGUGCCUUAGAGGGUUCUGGCAGGCCCGUUCUCGCCUGCAGCCAGUGCCGCUGGAGGCACCGGGGAAGCUCUGCCCUCAAAGCGCAGGCCCACAAGGUUCUGGCAAGAAGGGCUCGGGUGGCCCGGAGGUCUCAUUUGCGUACUUCCAGAAGUGAACCUUGAAUACGGGCUUUCCAAAGUUUACAUUUUCAUUUUCCUUUAUCAGGGAUUUAUGGGGGUUGGGGGGAGGGCAGGGGGACACCUGGCAGCAUAUUUUCUGUUGGAAGAUGUCUGGCAAAUUGUUCUUCACCUACAUUUUAGGAAAAGAGAAAAUCUAAAAUAACGUAAGGAGGGAGUCAUGGAAUUGUCCGUUUUCCAGGCUGUUAACUUUGACACACUUACUUAGCUGUAAUAAAGCGAAUACAAAGUAUAAUUAAGGAUGGGGACGUAUAAAGCCAUCUUGAAACUCAAGUACAAAGUCAAAAGAAGCAACUUACAAAUCAGUAUCCUCCUUCCCUCUGGGUGGGGGAUUGAGCUCCCCUAACGGAGUGUGAAACAUGGAAGGUUAGCCAGGCCAGUAUCUGCUGGAGCCCACUCACAUAAAGCUGCCCAACAACAUUUGGAGGUAUUUUCCACACCCGAACUCGAGGAGUACUCUCCAUUUUCUGACUUCCCGGCCAUGGGACAGUGAUAGCCCUGCUCCCUCCAAGGCCAGAAAUGGGCAAUCCAUGCUGACUGUAUCUCCCUCAUGGCGGGGCUGUCAUUCCAUCCAAGCAGAUUUGGAACUACUCACCCUGUUUCUCGCCACAUGGCUGGCUUCCGCCGGAGCCUCCAGCUGGCAGGCCUGGGUAAGGACAGUUAGUUGCUAAUUCCCAAAACUCCUAGGAGAGCCUGGAGAUGUGAAGGCGAGGCCUCAGGGGGAGGUGGCUCCAUGAUCCGCUGCUCAUGUCGCCCUCAGCCCAGGGUGGAGCAAGGAUAUUUACACUGUAUUGUCACAGUGUUUUUGCACUUUCCAGACGUUCUAGAUAGUACAUAUUGUAUAUUGACAGUACAUAUUGCUUUGUUUAUGUAUUUGAGAUAAAGAAAGGUUUAAAACUUGAGAAUAUAUAUUUGGAAUACAAUGUUAGAACCUUUUCUGUCCAUGUGUUAAGGAGCUUUCACAUCAGUGUGCGCUUCACUUGGUCAUCAGUUCUAGUACCGACCUGACACAGUGCUACAUUUGCUACUUUAUUUUCCCAAUUUGACACAUACCCUAUGAUGUUUUGGUAUUUCGAGAUGAACUCUGCGUAUAAAGCUGUACUUUAUAAUAAUAAAGGAUGUCAACUGUUGGUGUGACUGGACGUACUUGCAUCAAUAAAAGAACAUGUUGC